GCUCAGGAAGGGAUUCCGAGUUAAAAGACAGGGUUGGGGCCGGAAACUGGCGACGUAGGUGGGGUUUAAGGCUCGUUGCGCCUGCGCACAGAGCGACCGGCGGGAUUCGUAGUUACUUUUGAACCGGGUGGCGGGGAAUAGCUAGAGGAGCCAUUAGGGCGCCAUCUACGGAGGGGUUGACAGUGUUCUCCGUUCGAUCUAGUGAUGGCACAGCAGCUCGCCCGGGACCAAGGCAUCACCCUGCGUGGGAGCGCAGAAAUCGUCGCCGAGUUUUUUUCAUUUGGCAUCAACAGCAUUUUGUAUCAGCGUGGCAUUUAUCCGUCGGAAACCUUUACUCGAGUGCAGAAAUAUGGACUCACCUUGCUUGUAACUACUGACCCCGAGCUCAUAAAGUAUCUCAAUAAUGUGGUAGAGCAGCUAAAAGAGUGGUUGUACAAGUGCUCCGUUCAGAAACUGGUAGUGGUCAUCUCGAAUAUUGAAAGUGGCGAGGUCCUUGAAAGAUGGCAGUUUGAUAUUGAGUGUGACAAAACGGCCAAAGAAGAAGGUGUUCGUAGAGAAAAGUCCCAGAAAGCCAUACAGGAUGAAAUCCGUUCAGUGAUCAGACAGAUCACAGCCACUGUGACAUUUCUACCACUGUUGGAGGUUUCUUGUUCAUUUGAUCUGCUGAUUUAUACUGACAAAGAUUUGGUGGUACCUGAAAAGUGGGAAGAAUCGGGACCCCAGUUUAUUACCAAUUCUGAAGAAGUCCGUCUACGCUCAUUCACUACCACAAUCCACAAAGUGAACAGUAUGGUGGCCUACAAAACACCUGUCAGUGACUGAAGAGACGGUGAGGAAAAGAAUGGAAUUGUCAUUUCUCAAAUGUGUUUUUCCAGAAACUAAGUCAAAUGUAGUUGAUACAUUUUCUUGUCUUGUUCAAUUUUCAGAUGAAGAAAACCAAGAUCUGAUGUUGUUCAAUGUGUCUUAUUGCUCCAUUUCUUGGGUUCCUCCUGGACUUGCCAGAGUCCAGUAGAUUUUGUUAGCAUUGUGGAGUGAAUUCCUUUAAUAAUGGUCAUUGUAGAGAGAAAAACUUAUGUUAAAAUGCUAAAUUUCCCUAAUGAUUUAGCUUGACCAGGAUAUAAAGAAGCAUCUAAAUAUAAAUACAGCAGAAGGUAUCAAAGCUUUUUUAGUUCUAAGAGUCAGUCAUGAAUGCUGCCUAUCUGGAUCCAUGGAGAGAGGCAGAGAAGACAGCUUCACUAUUGAAAGUUCUAUACUUUCAUUCCCAAUUUAGGUUCAUUUGAUCUGCUGGUUUAUACUGACAAAGUUUGGUUGUACUUGAAAAGUGGGAAGAGUCGGGACUCCAGUUUAUUACCAAUUCUGAAGAAGUCUGUCUACGCUCAUUUACGACCACCAUCCACAAAGUGAGUAGUAUGGUGGCCUACAAAACCCAUCAAUGACUGAAGAAACGGUGCACAAAUCAUCCCUCACCACAUAAUACCUUCUGCUGUGUUUAUAUUUAGAUGCUUCUUUAUAUCUUGGUUAAGAUUCUUCUAAGCUAAAUCAUUAGGCGAAGUAUUUAACUUUUUAACAGAAGUUUUUCCAUCUACAAUGACCAUUUUUAAAGGAAUUCAUUCCACAAUGAAUCUGUUAGUUCCCCUUAAUAAUGGACAGCACUCUUGUUGACUCUAUGGUAAGUCCAGAAGGAACCCAAGAAAUACAACAAUAAGACACAUUUCUGUCUAUAUAGACCCUGUGUUAAAAUAAAUGGUAAUUAUUUGAUUUUGGUGUAUAUAUCUUGAACUCACAAAGCAGUUGAUACUGUUUAAUUUCUGUAAUAAAGAACUCUUAUUUUAAUGUUUUAUAAAAAUCAAGCUUUAAAUGACAGUAAUACAAAAAAUUAACCCUUUGUGUUUAAAAUUUGUGUUACAAUAUCUUUGAUAUUUAAUUUGGUGUUAAUACAGUCAAAUACUUCAAUGGAUUGAGUGCAUGGAUUGUGUUCCUUUUGAUUAUGUGAUGGGGGGUGGUUUGUGCACUGUAAACUCGGGUGCUGAUUGCUGUGCCCAGAGAACUGGUUGCAAUCUGAAUGUCAGCAGUUGCAGUCUUGAUGCUGCCAUUGUCGUGAUAGUAGACGAGGCCAGCUCAGUUAUAGCGCAAGAAGCUUGUAAUAAAGAUACCAUGUCUCUGUAUCAUUUAUUUGGGAACAAACGUGGUGUAGAAAAGCCUCCAAAAUUACUUUUACGUUUGGCAGCACUUUAUUAACCAGUCAGAAGUGAUACACCAUGACACUGCCGACUUCCAGACUGCAACCAGAUCUGAGCACAGCAAUCAGCAUCUGAAUACAGAGUCACAAAACCAUCCCUAACAACUGUGUACUACCUUCUUCACAACAGUGCAGCUAAUGUGAAAAGGCAAAUGUCCUUUGAAAUUCAGAUAAUAUCGUGUUACCCUCAUGUUUCUUAUGAUUUUGAGCACCAAGCAGUCCUUUGCUUCAUUGCUAUUCUUAAUAGAUAUAUUGGUUCUAAUUUUCCAACACUUAAUUUUUUUCCAGAAAAAUGACAGCUUUGUUUAUAAUAAUUUUGAGGUUCUAUAAUAUCUGUAAAUCACAGUCUUAUAAGUUGAUCAUAUACCUGAAAACAUUUCAUACCUCUUAGAGAUUUUAUACUAUUUAAAUACAUAUUUUAAAGUCAAGGAGUCAGGCUGAGUUUUUUUGGAAGUUGGAAAUAUUUGGCCUUUAAUUCUGAGAAUUGUCUUGGGAGAAAGGUAUUUUAUCUAACAGCCAAAAGAUUUGCGACCAGCACCUAAUUCAUGGGAAGUCAAGAUGCUGUUAUGACCUGGUGGGUCUCUGGGUCAGACCUGAACUCUUACUCACCCAUUUACUAUAGAGGAUACCUGUUUCUGUUUAGUCCACUGAGGCCUGAAAUGUAGCCCAGAAGGUGAACCCACUUGUGGUGUUCAGGGUCCUCAACCCGAGAAAUCCAAUCUAACAGUGAUUUCCACUGUUAGAAAUCCAUUCCAAUAGAAAAACAGGGCAUUGGGGGUGGGGGGGGUGUUACCAUCCCAGUCAAAAAUUCUGACCCAGAAUUGUUCCUGACUAAAAGAACUGCAGGGACAAAAAUGGAAAAGAGACUGAGGUAAGGAGGGAGGUGUAGUCACCAGCCCAAAUUGGGAUCCAUGUCAAGGGUGAGGUUCCAAGGCCUGACACUAUUACUGAUACUAUGGUGUGCUUACAGAGAAGAGCCUAGCAUGGCUGCCCUUCAAGAGGCCCAACAAGCAGCUGACUGAGACAGAAGCAGAUACUUAGACCCAACCAAGGGACAGAAGCCAGGGACCCCAAAGUUGAAUUAGGAAAAGGCUGGAAGAAGUGGAGGAGGGGUACCCCAUAGGAAGACCAGCAGUCUCAACUAACCUGGACCCCCAAGAUCUCACAGAAACUAAGUCACCAACCAGGCAGCAUACACUAGCUAUUAAUGAGGCCCCCAACACGUACAGCAGAGGACUGCCUUGUCUGGCCUCAGUGAGAGAAAUUGCACCUAACCCUCAAGAGACUCAAGGCCCUCGGGGGUGGAGAGGCCUGGUGGGAUUGCGUUGGAUAAGGAACUGGGAGGGAGAUAAGGACUGGACUGCAAAAAGAUAAUUUUUAAACAGAAAAGACUAUGGCAGACCUGAGCUUACAUAAGCUAGAAGAUCUAAACUGUGCAUUAGGCCCUUGUAAUGCCUAUUCCUGGUUGUCAAGGUGACUAUUUCUGGAAUGAACUAUAAUCCAGAAUUGAAGGGCAGACCUGUGAUCCAGAUCUUGAAGCAUAGUGGCCAUGAAAAGCUUAGUCCCGGGCAAGAUAGUGCAAGCUUUUAAUCCCUGGAGACUGAGGUAAGGAGAUCUCUUGAGUUCAAGUCAUCCUGGGACCAGGCAAGUCCCAGAUCCAGUAUACACCUUUAAUCUGGACCACACCUGCUGGAGGCCUACAUGAUUCACUCUUUGACUGCUUCCACUUGUCAGCACAUCUGUCCUACUUCUAUACACAAGACCAGCUUAAACAGCCAGACUUGUACAACUGAGCAACUACUAGGUUCUUGGACUUCCCAUCCACAGCUGCCCAUUGUUGGGUUAGUUGGACUUCAGACUAAGUCAUUACAAUAAAUUCCCUUAAUAUAAAGUUCCAUAAUAAUAAAAAAUUCCAUAAAUUCUGUGACUCUAGAAACCCUGACCAAUACCUUCUUCACUGUUUUUUGGUUUGUUUGGGGUUUUUUUUUGUUUUUGUUUUUGUUUUUUGUUUUUGUUUUUUUUUUUUUUUUUUUUUUGUUUUUUUUAGUUUUUUCAAGCAUUUUUCCAAAAUGUUACCUUGUUCACUUAAUACUCUCCUGGCCAAGACCUGAGAUACUGAUUCUGUUUUCCAGCUUUUGUCAGCAGAGGGCAGCCAAAACUUGUCAGGAGUUUAGUCAACCUCCACCUUUUUGUGCAGAUCAUAAAAUUAAGUUACUGGAAAAUUGAGGGCUCUGAAGUCCCAGAAGCAGCAGGGAAGUGUCCCAGAGUACAGUGAACUGGCACUGAGGCCAGACAGAGCAUUGAGUAGAAACGAUUAGAAGACCCCCAGCACCUGCAGUUUUCACAGCCAAGUCCCUCCUGUGGGAAGCCUAAGGUUUGGGAUCCUUAAAGAAGCAGGAGUCCAUCAAUCAACGGAGCUGCUGUGAACGCAGGCCUGGAGUUGAGAACAUGCUGCCAUCAGUGGUCCAAAGGUUCACAACCGGGGGAGGGGGGGUGUGAACACCAAGAAUAAGCAAACUUGCUUCAGGUGUAGAUAUUUUUCUAUUAUUCCAGAAGAUAAUACAGAACUAGACAUUGGACUAGAGCUCGUUAUAUAUAGCACAGGCUGAGGAUUUGUAGUAUCUCUCCCAAUUCCCUUCCAAGGCUGGGAUUGCAGGCAUUAAACUACCACACAUUAGUGCUUCCUGCUUUCUGACACAGUCCGUUUAAACUGAUAACUGCUGUGCUGCUGUCUCCACCACCCUUCCCCACAUACUUCAUCCUGUAAAACUAUUCCUAGGACUGUUAGUUCCUGAUGCUCCUACCAGAAUCAGGUAGCUGACUUCCUCUCUCAAUGAAAUCAUUAGUCAUCUCUUGUCUUUAUUAUCCUGAUGUCCUCAGGGUUACCCAUACAGUAUAUUUAAGAAUUCCCUUUUGAAUGAGCAAUAUUGUCCUAUGUGGGUUUAAACCAUACUUUAUCUGUUUAUCCAUCUGUGCAUGUUUGGGAUGUUUUCAUGUUUCAGCUAGUGUGAAUAUUGCAGUUGUGACUGGAUAUACAUGUAUUUAAGUCCAUGCUUUUAAUCAUUUAGGGGAUAUACCCAAAUACACUGCAGGAGUGUAUAAAAGUUCUGUUUCUCAAAUUUUUGAGGAGCCAACAUACUGUUUUCUGCAAUGGCUGUCGAGGACAGUCAUGUCUCACAACAUAGCCAAUUUAUAAGUAAAUUCUAGUUUGUUUCUGUCUGUUCAAUACAUUACUGCCAGUUAAAGAUUUUAAAGCCUCUUGCUGAUAUUGUACUGUCUUUGAAGCCCUUCCAGUUUUUAAUUGUUGUAGCACAUGUCCUAAUGUAAAUGUUUGUGGUGGUUAUGUCUCCUUUCUGUACUGACCCUGUAAAAUAUAUAAUACCAUUUGUGUUCUGUCUUUCUGAUUGAAAGUCUUUUGCCUUGGGUUGAUCCACCCAUCUUUUCUCUCUUCUGGUUGUACUAUACCUGAAAUAAGUGUUUUCAUUAAAAAGUCUGGCUGGUGUGGUA